AUGGCUUGGGGUUUUGUAACAUGUGGUCCGAAUGAGGCCCUCGUUGUUUCGGGAUGCUGCUACUCUAAGCCACUUCUUGUUCCGGGUGGGCGUGCAUUUGUCUGGCCAGCAAUACAACGUGUCCAAAAAAUAUCACUUAACACAAUGACACUUCAGGUAGAAUCACCAACUGUCUACACAAGUCAGGGUGUUCCUAUUUCAGUAACGGGUAUAGCACAGGUGAAGAUUCAAGGUCAGAAUGCUGAAAUGCUUCUGUCAGCAUGUGAGCAAUUUCUAGGCAAAUCAGAACAAGAAAUCCAACAUAUUGCCCUCGUGACCCUAGAAGGUCAUCAGCGUGCAAUUAUGGGAUCAAUGACUGUUGAGGAAAUAUACAAAGACCGAAAAAUAUUUUCCAAAAAGGUCUUCGAAGUUGCAUCCAGCGAUCUAAUCAACAUGGGAAUCACAGUUGUUUCUUAUACACUCAAAGACAUCAGAGAUGAGGAGGGUUACUUAAAAGCGCUGGGUAUGGCCCGAACGGCGGAAGUUAAGCGUGACGCUCGUAUCGGCGAGGCAGAAGCACAAGCUGAAGCGAAAAUCAAGGAAGCGAUGGCGGAGGAGCAACGGAUGGCGGCCAGGUAUCUUAACGAUACCGAAAUAGCCAAAGCUCAACGUGAUUUCGAACUGAAGAAAGCAGCUUAUGACGUUGAAGUACAAACUAAGAAGGCUGAAGCAGAAAUGGCAUACGAAUUGCAAGCUGCAAAAACGAAACAACGUAUCAAAGAGGAACAGAUGCAAAUUGCUGUUGUUGAACGCACCCAAGAAAUUAAUGUACAAAAGUGGGAGGUGCAGAGACGAGAGAAGGAGUUAGAAGCCACUAUACGCAGACCUGCAGAGGCUGAGAAGUUUCGCCUAGAAAAAUUAGCUGAGGCCCAUCGACUGAAGACUGUCCUUGAAGCAGAGGCAGAAGCUGAGGCAGUAAAAGUUCGCGGAGAGGCGGAAGCUUACGCCAUUAAAGCUAAAGCGGUAGCGGAUGCAGAACAAAUGGCUAAGAAAGCAGAAGCGUGGAAAGAAUACGGCUCAGCAGCAAUGGUCGAUAUGAUGCUGGAAACAUUACCAAAGGUGGCAGCAGAGGUGGCGGCGCCACUGUCGCAGGCUCGUAAAGUGACAAUGGUGUCUUGUGGUGGUGGAGAAGUGGGCGCCGCCAAGUUGACUGGCGAAGUGCUGAGUAUCGUGCAAUGUAUACCUGAGCUGGUUAAAGGAGUUACUGGAGUUGAUAUUUCGAAAGUAAAGGGCCUUCGCGCCGUGUAA